AUGGUAUCCAACACCGAGAACUGCCAGGCGUAUGGAUACGCAGCUGUCAGUACAUAUCAGUUUGCCACCCCUUUUCAGCCGGCGUUCGAUUACACCGCCGAGUCUGUAUCACACACACGGAACCUAAGCUUCCUGAAACCUCUAAUGGGGGGCCCAUACUUCGAUUUGGAGGCCAUCUGGGAAGAACAUACGUAUCAUGAGUUUGAGACGCGCUCUGUACCUCAUACGAUGGCAACUAUGGUGCAAGAGCCGUAUGUGAAUCAUAUUCCCACGUUAACGGGAGGUAUUGGAAGGGAUCGCCUUUCAUACUUCUACCAGAACCACUUUGUUUUCAAUAAUCCCGAAGACGCGGAACUUGAGCUUAUCAGUCGGACGGUGGGUAUUGAUCGUGUCAUUGAUGAAUUUAUAUACAAGUUCACGCACGACACCCAGAUUGACUGGCUGCUUCCUGGUAUCCCACCCACUGGUCGCAAACUAGAAAUACCUUUUACCGCAGUUGUCAACAUAAGGGGUGACCGGCUGUACCACGAGCACAUUGCGUGGGAUCAACUCACUGCUCUGAUUCAGUUAGGGCUCAUGCCAGAAUAUCUUCCUUGGACACACCCCGCGCCUACGGGUGUGCAUAUGGGCACCAAGACGAAACUUGAGUAUAGAGUACCAGGAGCUGGGCGCGACACAGCGAAGAAGAUGAGGGAUAGGAAUUCUGUGGAAUCAAAUAGAAUGUUUGAGCACUCGGUUCGGGAAGUGGACUCGGUUCAACCGACGGUGUCCCCAAAACUUGCUUAA